AUGUUCUUCUGCAAGUCAAACCAACAAAACUGUGAAACCCUGGCUCAGAUCUUGAAGACCUAUGAAGCAUCGUCAGGACAAAAGAUAAACCUCAUCAAAUCCUCAAUCACCUUUGCGGCAAAGACAAACAGAGAGACAAAGGAGAAAGCACAAGAGAUACUGGGAAUAACAACUUUUGGAGGCCAAGGCAAAUACUUGGGGUUGCCAGAACACUUUGGCCGGAAAAAGAAAGAUCUUUUCGCCUUGAUAGUGGAAAGGAUAGUGAACAAGGCAUCCAGCUGGUCAGCUCGGUUCCUCUCUGGAGCAGGAAAGAUGACAAUGCUCCAAUCAGUUCUUGCAGCUAUACCGACAUACACAAUGUCUUGCUUCAAACUGCCUUUAAGCCUCUGCAAAAGAAUCCAGUCAGCCCUGACUAGGUUUUGGUGGGACGAACAAGUAGGGGAAAAGAAAAUGUGUUCGGUUGCGUGGAGGAAACUAACCAAAUCUAAAAGGGAUGGGGGUCUCGGGUUUCGUGAUGUUCAGACUUUCAACGAUGCGCUCUUGGCCAAGCUUAGCUGGAGGAUUCUAAUGAAUCCAAACUGUCUACUGGCUCGUGUCCUGACAGGAAAGUACUUCAGACAAGAGAAUUUCCUGGAAACAAAAGGAAAAGCCUCAGCCUCCCAUGGAUGGCACAUAAUUAUGAUUGGAAGAGAUCUACUAUUGAAAAACCUGGGGAAAGCAAUAGGCAACGGAAGGACUACAUGCUUGUGGACAGAUCUGUGGCUCUCGCUUGAAGUACCAGCUAAGCCUAUGGGACCUGCAACAGAGGAAACAAUGAAUUGGAAGGUCUUGGACCUGAUAGAUCCUCACAACAAAAAGUGGGACAAGACGAAAAUAAGAAGAGUCUUACCACUGUUGGAGAAUACAAUCUUGGGAAUCAAAUCGAGUGUGUUUGAGAACGAAGACGAGCACAUCUGGCUAGCAAAUGAAUCUGGUGACUACUCGGUUAAAUCGGGAUAUCAUAUAGCCCGAGCUACACAGCAGCAGGAAGGAGCAAACCCACUUGACGAUGACGAGGCUACAACAAUCAAUUGGAAUAGAGACGUUUGGAAUGGGAAGACAUCGCAGAAACUGAAGGUAUUCAUAUGGAAGCUAUGUAAUGGGGCAAUAGCACUAGGAGAAAACUUACUCAGUAGGGGACUGGAGUGUAAUGCCGUUUGUAAUCGUUGCGGUGAGCUUGAGACACGUGAACACCUCCUGUUCCAUUGCUACUUCGCUCAGCAAGUUUGGGAAAUGGCGCCGCUGAGCAACCGUCAGCCGUUCUCACCACAACAAUCGUUCUUUGAGACCCUCCAGACCUCGAAAUCUUGGACUACUCUUCCGUCAACGGGCAUCACCGGAGCGUGGAGUUUCCCUUGGAUAUGCUGA